AUGCCACACUACACCACCACCCCCGACUUCCCCACACUCUUCUUCCACAGCCUCGAGCCGCAGCGCCACACCUUCUCCCCGAAGUUCGACGUCUACGAGACUACCAGCUCCUACACGCUCGAAGGCGAUCUUCCCGGCCUCGAGAAGCAAAACCUCAGUAUCGAGUUCACCGACCCCGUAACGCUCGUCAUAAAGGGCCACAUCUCUAAGGAGUCCUCCAUAACCACCUCCGAGACGCCCAAGAGCGAGACUCCCAAAGGCGGGUCACGAACAUCCUCGCCGGUCCGAUCCCUCAAAGCCACGGUCGAGGACGAUGUCGACGAGGAGGACAAACAGAAGCGCGAGGUGAAGAAGAAGAGUGAAGAGGUGGUAGAGAAGCGUGGCGAGAAGCGGAAGGAGAAGGAGUUCAAGACAAGGCAGUGGGUGAGUGAGAGGACGGUCGGCGCGUUCCAGAGGAGCUUUACGUUUCCGGCGGGUAUUGAGCAGGAGGGGGUGACAGCGGCGUUGGAGCAUGGGGUAUUGAGGAUUGUGGUGCCGAAGAUGGCGCCGGUGUCAAGGAGGAUUGAGAUCUCAUAG